AUGUCUACAACACGCGUGCUCGUCCUCGGCGGCCACGGCAAGGUCGCUCUCUUCCUGCAGCCUCUCUUACUCGCGAAGAGCUGGAAUGUCACCAGCGUCGUCCGCAACCCGGCGUACGAGUCCGAGCUUCUGGCGCUCGGCAAGGGCAAGCCCGGUAAGAUCGACGUCCUGGUGGACAGUCUCGACGAUGUCAAGGAAGUGAGCGAUGCCAGGAGAGUGCUGGAAAAGGUGAAGCCGGAUAUUGUGGUGUGGAGUGCCGGCGCUGGUGGGAAGGGCGGACCGGCCAGAACAAAGGCCAUUGAUAUGGUUGCUGCGAAAUGCUACGUCUCUGCAUCGCUGGCCGUGCCAAGCGUCAAGAAGUUCCUGAUGGUCUCAUACCACGCGUCUCGUAGGGGUUAUCCCCCGUGGUGGACCGAGGAAGACCGGAAGGCUGCGGACAACACGAACCACAAUGUUCUGCCGGUUUACUACGAAGCGAAGGUGGAGGCGGACGAGCACCUCGAGGCUCUUGCAAAGAAGAGGCUGGACAGCGGAGAUCGAGAAUUUCAGGCCAUCAACUUGAGGCCCGGCACCCUCGCGGACAAGCCAGGGACGGGAAAAGUGUUGCUAGGCAAGACGCCAGUAGCCGGCGCUGUGCCGCGCGAGGAUGUCGCACGCGUUGCCGCUGCGCUGUUGGAUCGCAACGAUACAAGAGGUUGGUUUGACUUGCUGGAGGGCGAUGUCCCCAUAGAUGAAGCAAUCGACAGCCUCGUCAAGAGCGGGCACAACGGUCUUGAGGGAGAGGAUAUGCAACGCAUUUGGGGGAGAGAGACGUGA